AUGUCAUUCUCAGAGCCCACCGUAGCAUUCAUCGGGUGUGGAAACAUGGGAGGCGCCAUUCUACACGGUGUACUCGAUGCUGCAUUCACCAAUGAAUCAAAAUCUGAGCAUACACGACCAGUAUCCAAAUUCAUUGCCUGCACCAAAACCGCCGCCUCGGCGGAUCGGCUGAGAGCCUCGAUCCCUGCUGAGCAGCAGCCUCACGUGGAAGUGAUUUCUUCUCAAGCCGUCCCCGUUGAGGUUAUGAAAAGUGCCGACAUUGUCAUGCUUGGCUUCAAGCCAUUCAUGGCAGAAGAUGUUCUCCGAGCCAAGGGCGUCGAAGAAGCCCUCGCUGGUAAGCUGGUCAUCAGUUUGCUGGCCGGACAGACACCACAGAACUUGGCCAGGAUUAUCCAUGAGGGCGCGCUAGAUUCGACCGGAGACGAUGUUCCAGAUAGUUCUCACUCGGUCGUAGCUCCAAUCAUCGUCAAGGCUAUCCCAAACAUGGGCGCGCAAUUUCGUCAGUCGGUUACUAUCAUUGAGACGCCUGAACAUGCAAUUCCGACGCAUAUGACCCAGGUCGUCGAGUGGAUAUUCAAGCAAGUCGGUGAGAUCAAGUACCUUCCUCCGAGUCAAAUGGACCUUGGCUCGGUGCUUGUUGGUGCUGCUCUCGCAGCCAUGACUGUACCUAUUGAAGGGAUCCUGGAUGGAUGUGUUGCCGAAGGACUCAAGCGAUCCGACGCGAUGGAGAUGAUGCUGGGUGGCUUACGGGGACUCUCGGCUGCUUUGGAGUCCGGUAUUCAUCCUGCGGUUCUUCGUGAGAGUAUCUCCUCCCCGCGGGGGUGCACGAUCCAGGCUCUGUUGACUCUAGAGAAAGCUGGAAGUCGGGCAGAUUAUGCCGAGGCAAUCAUCAAUGGUACGCAGCACCUGAAGAAGGCAAAUAAAUAG